CAUUUACUUUACCGAAAGGUGCAUUUAUUAAUUCAUCCUCCCUCUCUCUCUCUCUCUCUCUCUCUCUCUGAUUCACACACACCGACCGGGAUGACGGUGACUGGAGGAGCGGAGACUUCUGACGUCAGACGAGGAGAAUGACACGCGCGUCCAAUGAGGGGCCGAGGAUGUGCAGCGCGAGGACGGAGCUUCCGACAGAAGGCUAAUAACCAUGCCAACCGAGGAAUAUAGCGCGCGCCGUUGACUGAGGAGGAAAUAUAAAAAAAUAAAAUAAAAAAUAAAAAAGGGGGAGAAAGAGAGAGAGAGAGAGAGAGAGAGGGGGACCCUAAAAAGAAGAAGAUAUUUUACAAUCUGCACGCACUCAAAAGGACAGAGAGAGAGAGAGAGACUGGUUUCCUGCAGGGGGGAAUAAGAAGAAGACAAGCUGCUAUGAUUCUCUCCCUGGCCGCAGCAGCAGCCAUGAGUAGCGGCGGCAGCAGCAGCCUCAACUCCUCCUCCCCCCUCGACCCCUUCGACUCCUCCACCUCCUGGAGUCUAGCCGAGGACCCUUCUAACUCCUCCUCCGAGCCCGUCGUGCGAACGCUGACCCCUGACCUCCAGCCAGCGACUAACGCUGUAGCUGUCCAGGAAGUCAGCCCCUGGGAUAUCGCGCUCUGUGUGACCGGGACUCUCAUCUCCUGCGAGAACGCUCUGGUGAUCGCCGUGCUGUUCUACACGCCAACGCUCCGCGCGCCGAUGUUCAUCCUGAUCGGAUCGUUGGCGGUGGCCGAUCUCCUCGCCGGCCUGGGCCUCAUCUUGAACUUUGUCUUCACCUAUUUGGUGGACAGCUCGGUGGAGUUUGUGACGCUGCUGUCGGUCGGACUGCUCAUCUCGGCCUUCUCGGCGUCCGUCCUCAACAUCCUCGCCAUCACAGUGGACCGCUACCUGUCGCUGUACAACGCCCUGACCUACCACACCGAACGGACAGUCACCUUCACCUACGUGAUGGUGGUCUUCAUCUGGGUGUUGUGCCUCACGCUCGGCCUGCUGCCGGCGCUCGGCUGGAACUGUCUGAGGGACGAGUCCUCGUGCAGCAUCUGCCGGCCCGUCACCAAAAACAACGCCGUGGCGCUCGCCGUCACCUUCCUGCUCGUCUUUGCCCUGAUGAUGCAGCUCUACCUGCAAAUCUGCAAGAUCGCCUUCCGCCACGCGCAGCAGAUCGCCGUGCAGCACCAGUUCGUGGCCAUCUCCACCACCAAAGGCGUCUCUACACUGUCGGCCAUUCUGUGUGCCUUCGGGGCGUGCUGGCUGCCGUUCGCCAUGUACUCAAUCGUGGCCGACUCCAGCUACCCCGUCAUAUACACCUACGCCACGGUCCUCCCGGCCACCUGCUGCUCUGUGAUCAACCCCAUCAUCUAUGCGUUCCGAAACCCGGACAUCCAGAAGUCGCUGUGGAUGGCGUGCUGUGGCUGUGUCCCGUCCAACCUCUCCCUCCGACCCAGGACCUCCAGCGACGUGUAGCAAGGGAGGAUGGUUUCUGUCUGGCAUGAUGCUUUGACGCUGAGUCAGGGUUGUAGGAGGGACAGGACGAAACGGUGACCGAGAGGAGAAAAGGUUGAAGGUCGUGGCUGAGGAAACAGAUUUCCUCUACUCUUCGUAGGCUGAUGGCGAACGCACAGCUGGCCGCCGUAAAAGUGGCACUUGCACAGGGAGAAGGGAGAACAGUGCAUGGUCAAAAAAAACAAACAAAGAAAAACAAAGAAAAAGAAACAAGAUAGAGCUAAUAAAGAUCAUGUCCUGUCUGUGGCUUGGAGACAAACCAACAGAGCGAUGGCGGAGGUGGCGUGAAACCAACUGCAAAAACCUGAUCAAGGUACGGUGGUUGCUGGGGAGUGGCGGGGGGGGGAGUGUGUCAGGUGACUUUUUCCCAACUGACCUCCUUCAGGGCACGAGAAGCGAAGCCCGCUUCUCGAGAGUAGCAUACGUAUGUGACGGCGGGAUUUAGGAAGGCCUAAAACCUCCGUAGGACCUGAGCUCGGGCAGCACUGCAUGGUUAUGCAAUCAGAAGGAGUGAAACAGUCUUAAAAUACUGUAUGUGUGUGUCCACUGAUGUGUUUGAAAUUAAGUGGUGUGUGGAUAAAAAUACAAUGAGCUAAAUAUACACAACGAAUGACCUUGAGUAUUCUCAAUGAGCUAUCUUUGCAGUCUUCUCCCCCCGACAGGAAAAACAAGAAUAUUUCUUCCCUUGAAAUGUAUUUUGUUCCCUUGAUCUGAUGCAGAUUAAGUAAUUAAUGAGUUUGUAGACAAGAGUGCGCAACAAUAAUUAACUGUUAUGUGCUGGAAUUGAAAUUAGAUGGUGUUUCACGAUCGCUACCGAGCCCAUUCUGUCUUUUCCCAAUGCCAACAGCACAGUGUGCAAGGGAACACGUUUUUAGGGGUGCACGAAGUCGGCGAAAAACGUGUCAGGAUUCAGAGUGAAAACAAACUCCUAAUCACAAACCAUCCCUCCUCAAACAUUCAAAUCCAUCUACCAGGCUCCUAAUGCAUAGAUAACCCCCCCCGCUAGUCUGCAAAACCUAGAGAGGGAUUUCCAUAUUUAGGCCGGCGUGUGUUGUCCUUGCCGUGAUGGAAUCAAAUCUGCUCCCUGUUGGAGAGAAAAAAAAAACAAAAACGGGUUUCUCAGCCAGCCGCUGCGCCGUGACUGUGAAGCAGAGAGAGCUGAAUUCAGCACCAAGGACAGCGCCACUGCAGAGCGCCGCUACCCUGGGAAUGCUCUCUGCUGCGGGGGGGAAGAGAGUGCUGUAAAGUAGGCUAUGCUGUUCUCUACACCAUCUUGAUGUGGGGGGUGUGAGGCGGGCUUUAAAAGGGCCAUUCCAGCUCCAUUGGAGUUUCUUUUGCUCGUUUGCAACCCAUUCAGUGGUAAUUGACAGUGUUCUCAUGCAUACCUGAUGGCUAAAGGUGUUUUAAAACCCUUUUAGCUCUAACUUUCAGGGUCAUUCGUCUGGAAAGACAAAGAAACAGCAUUUAUUAGAGUUUACUGCUUGAGAGCAAGACCACCAGGGGCUAAUGUCAAGAAACAAAACUCCAGUAAGUGUUUGUAAAAAGCAAAAAAAAAGGGGCUUUCACUAGCUAUCAUUUGUGAAAUCUUACAUAUUUGUGGCUGAUUGUUGACUUAAAAAACAGUCAGCAUGUAAGCAAAAAUUACAUAAAAACUCAAAAUCAUUCUACAAUUAAGUUUUAAAAAAAGCAAGAAACCACAGAAACUGACUCCAAUCACGCUCAAAUCGUGCUCAAACAUCCACUGUGGUCCUAUAGUGCGACUAUGACCCUGUCCUUUCUGUCAUCCCACCGUUCUCUCGCCCUCUCUUGCAUCUCAGCAGCAGAAAUUAUGCAUGAGGAAAAGCAGUGUAUGGCCCCGCGCGUGCCAGUAAAACAAGUCUUCUGACACGGGCAAGGUGAAGGCGGCUGAUGUUUUUCAGAGGCAAUAGGGGACCUCGAUGUUUAACUGCAUCCGCACGCCACCGCUUAGGGCCACGCACAGCUCUAAAUCAACAGACAGCAUUCUAACUCUAUUGUCCGAUUGAUUAUCCAUUAGCUAGAGCUGAGCAUGAUCCUAAUUGAAAAGGUCAUUUUUCAUCUAGACGGCUUUGGUCGGCUACAGUACAUAUUGCCGUCGCUCUCCAAAAAACUACUUUUACAUCCUGACUUCCCGUCUUUAUACUUCGUACCAUUGUCGGGGAAUAAAUGAUAUUUCAGGGUAAAAGGCUAUAUGAGAGCAGAAAUCUAUAAAUACGCUGUAAAAGCAUCAUAUGGUCUAAAUUCCUCUGACUUCUCUACGUUCUCUUCGUCUUCCAUUUUCACCUCCCUACUUGCAGCCUGUCAGCAGUAGCUGGAUAUUCACUGCACACACACACACACACACACACACACACACGCCCCGCCUUGAAGAAGCAGCGGAGCUCUGCCCCCGGGGGCCCCUCUGAAGGCUCGGCGGGUUAAUGAGAAGCGAGAGAGGCGAGGUGACGCGGCGUGAAAUAGAAACGCCAGGCGAGACGCGCUUUAACGUCACCUCGGGUCACGUCCGCCACCACACACCCAAUCAGGAUGAAGUUUAUUUCCCUUCCGAAAGGGCAUCAUGUAAGUUAAAUCCAGCUAAUGUUAUUAACAUCUCGGUAAUAAUGGCGCCGGGAAUUGGCCUAACGUACAGAGGAUGUAGUGAACACUGUGAGAGGGGAUUUAUUGCUAACCUCUAUCUGCAUUGAAAUGAUAUACGGAGAUGGUUUUCACUCUUGUGUUCCUCUGCACAACCUCAGAGAGAGGUACCAUGACUAAGCUAUUGGCAUGCUGCUAAUAUACUAGUGUGGGAGGUGUACUGGCUUUGGGAAAAUAGUUCAUAGAAACUGUACGGGCUGUUUAAAAAAGAAAGAAAAUACAGGUUGUUUCUUUAACGACAGGGAGUCACUUCCAAAUUCAACGCUUUCUACCAAAUAAACCACGACGAUAGACGACAGCAAAGAACACAUAUACACAGAGAAACUUUGAAAAUGGCGCUCAGGAGACGCAGGUAUUAAGAUCAUCGUUUUUUUCUAUAGUGUAAAUUCAAUCUUAGAGUAGAGGUGUUUUCUAUUUUUCUUGGCAGCAGCAAACAAUCAGUUGUUAGCAGAACAACAAGCUACACCACUCUGUCAACGACCUGUGUUUGAAAAAGGCAGACUCUCUCGUGUCUUUCGGUUUUUGGCCUUAUUGGAACAAAAACUCCUUCGCAAUAAUGUCCAACUGUAUUUUGCUGUGUACAAAAAAAAAAAAAAAAAAAAGCCACAAUGGAGAGAAAGAGAGAGAACAGGCAGACGAGAGGUGGUGGGAUCUGAGCGGUCUGCGGAGUAACUCGAACUAAAUAUCUCAAAGCAACAAAUAGCACAUUGUGUUUGUAAGAAAUACGGCCUGGCUGGCCGGGGUUCUCCAAAACACAUUCAGCAGUAGUGAAUCAUGGAAGUAGGACAAACCUAAAUAGGAAGCUCUAUUUCCAUUUAUAGGUUGUGCAGACAUCUUGCAAUAUUAUUUAUUUUUCUCCCUAAAAUUAGCUUUAUUUUCAUGUUCGCAGUCAACAACGACGACGGCGAUUAUCUGAAGGUUAAACAGGUCGACCGCCUCUUUCUGUCGCUCUCUCUUUUUGCUCGAUCACUGCAUUGAUGGAACUGCCUGAUGGUAAAAGACUUGCAUCAAUUAUUAAGUGAAAUACUUUGAAUUACUCUGAGGCUGGAGGCAUGAGAUGGAUGGAGUUUGGUACUUUUGACUAGAGAGAUCCCAGAGAGUUAAUUAAAUCCAUUUCACAUAGGAAUCUGAUGCAGAUCCUGUUGGCACACUGUUCUCCUGUAUGCACAAUGAUGUGUGAGACUUGCUUUGUCACCUGUGUUUGGAGAUGCUAGAUGGGACACGCAAACAAGAUUAACAUUUUAGGUGAGCUCAGCGCCGCAUCCGGUACAGUCGCUCACCGUUACCGUGGUUCCUCUGUUUUACCUCCCUGUUAAAAAUGAAUCAAACUAAAUUAGGAUCAUGAACCAGACUUGGAUUUUGGCAUUUCAGGCUGGAGCAACACCAAAGAAGCCUGUGAAAUCCUGGAGGGUUAUUGUGGCCGACUAGUGCUAUCAUGUUGCCGGCUGGUUAGCAUGUUAGCGGUUAGCUCACCAAGCUUCUAGAAAACUGUAAUGGCAUUUCAGGUGAAAUGAGUUUAAAAUUUUAUUUAUUAUAUUAAUUAUUUAUUUAUUUGUCCGUUUGUCUCAGUUUCACAAGCCGUUGUGGAUAGAUAAAUGUUUUUUGGAAAUAAAAAGCCACCUUUACACUUUUUGGGAGAUUCUUUUGGCCUUUUGGCCUUUAGCAGUAAAAUGUCAACUAUUUUUCAUUUUUCCAGGGUAAAAAAACCCUCUAUUUGAUCCAAGUCUGGAGGGAGUCACGAGCCCCAAAAGUAAAACCACAAAUCAGCCGUUUCAUGACGGAAAUGUUAAAUCCAGCGUUGCCCAGCUGGAACUCACCGAACAGCUGACAUGAAGUCGGUAUUUUAAACUCUGACGGUCCCAUCUGGCAUGUCCAUCUAGUGAUUGUUUUAACAAUUAAUAACACUCAUCUGUGAAUAUGCCACCACUCAGUCAACCAUUACUGGGGCAGGAGUGGAGCGACCACUCACUGUGUGUGUGAGUGUGUGUGUAAAUGUGUGUGUGUGUGAGUGUGUGUGUGUCCCCCCCCCCGGGAUCAUAGCCAAUUGUAAUGAACCAUAACUCAAACCAACGCUCACUGUAAACACAAACACACGCAGAAUGGUUUUGUCAGCCGCUAUACAGGACUAAAAUUCAACUUUAAAAAAAAAAGAAAAAAAGAAAAAGAAAUACCGUACAAGUGAGUGUGUGUGUUAUUUUUAUUAUGCAAUGCUGUACAGAAAUGUAUAUUUUUGUAAUGUUCAUCAGGGCAUGAGUUACAAGACAUGGUCGCUGUGAGCAUGUUGUGAGCGUGUGCGUGCGCGUGUGUUUCUUCCUCUUCUUCUGUGUUCUUCCUAUAAACAAAUGUUUCUUUAGGAGGGUGGGGGGCGCGGGGAAAAAGAAGUUGUGUGUCGGAUAUGCUGAAAAAGUGCCAUAUUUUUCGACUUUCUAGUGUCUUAUUUGUUUUGGGUUUGUGUACAUACACGUUUAUCCGAGGGCGAUUCUCGUGGCGGAAUCGGAAGGGGUCGAGGUUCGAGUCUGCAAACAGAAGACAGCAGUGGUCACAAGCAGCAACCGUGAGCAGCAGGGUAAAGGAAGGAAAAACUGGCUGUUAUGUGAAAGGACUUGACCUUGAUAAUAUUGAUCACUGUACUGAGCAAACAGCAGAAAAUUCACCAAUCUAAAACUCUUUAUUUCUCUCUGUAACGUCAGACUUUUUUCUGGUUUUUCGGGCUGCAGCAACAACAUGGGAGAUGAUAUCAGUGUUUCUGUAAAACGUCUUCUUGACUUAAAUCGUUUUUUCCAUGAAAAGACAAGCACUAAGCGACAGACAGACAGACAGAGAGACAGAUCGAGAGAGAGACUGUGCGUGACAGCGUUGUACGUCACAGAAUCAGGUUUCCAGUGACGUCAUUUUGUCUGAGUCGUGUCUAAAAGAGCAGGUCGUUUCAAAGACAUCCCCCUCUCUUCCUCUUCCUUUCAAAAACGUCCCCCUCACUCCUUCCUCCCACUCGUCGUCCUCAUCCCUUCAACGGCAACUGCCUCUUUUCCCCUCUUCAUCCGUUCAGACAUCUCCCUCUUGUCCUCUCUUGCGGGUUUCAGACGUGCCCCCUCUUUCGUUCCCCAUCACUUGUCUACCAUCAUCGUCGCGUCAUCUCUUUCUUUUCAGACAUCCCCUCCGUCCAUCGUUUGCCACACCUUUAUCUCUUCUUUUUUUUUUUACCUCUUCUCCCCUCCCCUCACUCUGUCUCUUUCUCUUGUCUAACAUCCUUGGCCUGCAGGAAGCUAGUCGGUCAGGCUCCAUCUAAAAAUAGUUACCCUGAAAGCAGAUAAAAAGAGUGGGAAAAAAAGAACAGCAGGAAAAAAAGGAAAAGGAAAAAGGGAGGGAGGUAGUAAAGAAGUAGAAAUCGACCCUCCCUCCCUGAGCGCAAACAUUCACUUUGCCUCAGUAGACAGAAACAUCCACUUCAUCCUUUUUUUACCUCCUCCUUCCACUCUUGUCUCAUCUCCUUUGCACACAUUCAUCUUCAUCUAUUUUUGUACCACUCCUUAUCCAUCCUCUCUCUUUUUUUUUUUGUCUCUUCUGAGCACAAGCGUUAACACAAGGGUUUUUAAAAGAAAAAGCAGGGUCCGAGGCGGGUGCCCACAGCAAAUAAGCAGCACCGCCCCAUCCCACCCCCUACCCCUCUACCGUCGGUCAGUCAGGCUAGGCUAACGUUUUCCCUCUGUAACCUACAACCUGGCAACACUUCAGGCAAGCAGAGAUUGUCAAUCAAAAAAAAAAAAAAAAAAAACCAUUACAGAGCUAAUUUUUCUAUCGGACCGAGUAUGGCCUUCAUAGAAAAACAUUGUUUUAUGCAUCGAUAUUGUUGGUGUGGAUGAGGAAGCAGCAGCGUGUGCACGAGCAUCACAGGUUUUAAACCCUCACGGCGAGGAGGGCGCUAUUGGGUAACGAUACUGUGAUGUCAGAGAACUAAAGCGGUGUCGUUGAAUCAUGUUUAUUUUUAUUUAUUCUUACUUUUUCUGUAUUUUCUUUCAUUUUUCCUCUUGAGUUUGUGUUGUGAAACAAAGCCGGUUACGAUAAAAAGUACAAAUGCACUUUAUAAGAUGGACAUGUUACACAUUGCACUUGUAAAUGUCGAAUGUAAAACCUUGAAGAGAAAGAUUUAUUUUUACUAUUGUAAAUAAAUGAGAAAGAAAAAAAAAUUAAAAAAAAGACUGCAAAAAAAAAAAUAAAGUGGAGAAUAAUUUGCCAAAUAAACUGAGAACAACAAAAUAAUAAA